CCCAACUUUAUUUGGACACUGGCGAUCUUGCGAAAGGGCACUCUUGGCGGCGCGUGGCUAGAGUCGGAUUUGCCCCGGAUUACGCAAGUGAUGGACCACGGACCGAUCGGAAUGGCGCAUCCGAGUGUCAACGUUGACGGCAUCGUCACGGGCCGCUGGAAGAUUGGUAUCUUUGGCUGCCUUGACACGUGCAUUCCCAACACGGCGAUGGUGACGAUUUGCCCAUGCGUGAGCCUUGCGCAGGUCACGACGCGCAUCGGGUAUGGCGAGUACUUUCUGCACGUGCUCCUCGCGUCCUUCUUCCUCUACAUCAUGUACCUCACCUUGUGCUUCGUCGAUGCGAUGUGGUUCCAAAUCAUCGUCGGCAUCCUCAGCUUUAUCAUGUUUCUCUUCAUGUGCCACCUGCGCUGCAAGGUGCGCGAUCUCUUUCACAUUCCCGGCUCGAUCAUCGAGGAUUGUCUCUGCGCGCUCUUUUGCGGCUGCUGCUCGUUGGCGCAAAUGGCGACCCACGUCGAGUCGUACAAGCCCGGUGACUGCCAGUUUGAAGCCCGCGCGACCCUUCCGUCGUUCCAAGUCUAGUCGCGUUUUCUCACCAGUGCCCUCGUCAUAUAAUUGCUUUAUGUUAUCCUCUGA